CGAUUUUAGUUUACCGAUUUUGAAUAGCUAACUACAUUAACUAACGUUAGACGCAGCGGUCAGCGGACCACUAACGUUAGACCCAGCCCGCUGUUCAGUUCACUCUCUGUACUGUAAGCGAUGCAAUAUAAAAGCCCGGCAAAAACAGCAAGCCAGCCAGUCGAUGUUAGUUGGCUAACGUUAGCUUCGUCGUGCUAAGGUACUUAACCCCGCCAGGAUUGUAUCCCCCCCGAACGCCGCGAGAGCGCGCGUGCACUCAAAGAGAAGCGGUGUUUAACUACUGCGCCUCAAAUUCACUUUUAAAACAUAGACCGUUAAUAUUAAUGAACAGAACAUGUGCAACGUCACCCAUUGGUUUGUGGAGAUCUGAAAUGAGUCGUCGAGUUUGCAGUUAAAUCAUGUAAGUCAUGUAAAAUGUUAAAUCAUGUAAGUAACUAUAGGGACAUACAGUAUUGUAGUCAUACAAGAAGACAUUGGUAAUUCGAUAGAAUUUGUAAUUAAGUAAUGUAAUUUAAAUGCUCUGGUGUCGGUUAAUCUGUGUAGGGUUAUUUUAAAUUCAUAAAAGUAUGAUCAGAAAUUGCAAAGGAAAAAAAACAACUUAUUUAAUGUAAUGAUUAAAUCAAAUAUACCCGAUAUUUACUGCAUUGACAUUUUUAAAGUAUGAAAACUAAAAACCAUACAGGAAUAUGCAAUGUUAAGAUCUAAUUCUAACAGUUUAAAUCCAAUAAAACAUAAAUCCAAUAAAAUGUAUAAAUGAUAUGCCUAAUACAUACUUCUGAAGUGGUAACUAUUAGGUUUGAGUGAUGAACAGAACCCAAAUACAGACAGAACGCAGAGCCAGGAGGGGGAAUUAACAGGUUAAUUUAAAGUACUCAAGUAUCAAGUUUUGGUUUCCGAGGGGGAAAAGCACGUCCAUGUUUCCAGGGUGAACAGGUCCGGUGGUUUCCGGGAAGGAGCGACUCCGUCAGAGGAUGACAGUAAGCCGGCUAGUGGUGGGGUCAAGUGGAUGGCGGGAGUCAGGUUCCAAUGGCAGCUGAGGCACAGGAGAAAGGAUCAGGACAGGCAAAUACACAAAUAUCUCAACAGAUAGCAAGAUUUAAACACACUGCCAUUCCAAGAUAUGUCGAUGGCACAGAGUCCAGACUCCCGUAGGACGACAGGAGACAGAAGCCACUGUCAAACUAACCAGGUGCCAUUUACCCCUGAAUUCACCAAGAUGCUGACGAAAAGCAGUCCGCGCUUUGGUGCCUUGAGUCAUCACUCAUUCUUCUCCCGGCACAACCCUCAUCCACACAGGGUGAAACAUAUUCAAGGACUCAAUGGUAGGCCUGUGUGCAUGGUGAGGGAUGAUUGGUUUGUGACCUCUUCCUUAUUUCCUCAUCCACUUCUCAAGAGCCACGUCCUCAAGAAAGCAACUGAUCCAUCUUUUAGUUUUCCGUUUGCUCAGAAUCUUUAUGGAGUCAGUAGUAACAAAAACAAAUCAGCCCAAUUUUCAGAGGCCUGGAGAGAUGAACUUAAAGACCUCGCUGCAAAAGUCAGUUUGGCUUCUCAUACAGAAAAGGGCAAAAAAGAGGACCAGCCUGAAGAAGAAUUUGUCCGCCGAAAGACCCAAUAUUCAGCUGAAACAGGGAGAAUCGUCCCUCCAUCCUCCAACUCUUACCAACGCAGAUCUCAUUCUCAGCGCCUGAUGUAUCCUCAGUCCUUCCAUGAUCAAGAACUAAUGGUGUUUGAGCUACUUUGUCAGAUCCUGCAGACAGAUUCCCUGUCUACAGUCCAGCAGUGGCUUCUGCUUGCAGGCCAAAGAGAGAAAGACCUGGUGAUGGGGAUGAUCAAGCAAGCUCUGGACGGUGUUGAGUUCUCGGGCCAUCCUCAGCAGAACCUCCAGCAGCUCCAGGCCUUUCAUCCUAGUGCAUCUCCGUCUGUGUAUGGUCCAUCGUUCGACCAGUCGUGGAGAAAACCACAAAGAACGAGCUCAUACAUAGGAAACCAAGCUUUCAGCGACGAAAAACCAGAGAAAAUUGGAGAUGCAGAGGUCCUUGAAGUGCACCCAAGAGCUCAGAAUAAUCUUGAAGAUCCUCCACUGCAGCACACUGAGAGUGCAUAGAAUUCCCUUGUUUUCAUCAUAAUAUUCACUGUAUUAUGGUUUCCUAAUGAGAAAUGAUUGGUUUCAUUGAGCAUUGGUCGCUUGAUAGAUGAUAUACCAGGUACUUUUUAGCAUAUUUGCUUUUUAGAUGUUUCUUAGAAACAAGCCAAUUUAACAGGACUUCAAUAGGUGGGGUAGUGUUACAUGAUACUGUGGAUGAUGUUUCGUACUUGUAUUGUUUUGAAAGCGAGAAAAGCAGAGUGACAAGUUUAACAACCUUCAGGGAAAUAAAACUUGAAUGCUGAUAGUUAUGUUCGUGUGGUUUAAUCUGGGCAAAAGAUAAUUUAGGAUUUUAGGUUACCAAAGUUUAAAGUGCUUAUAUCAGUUCCCCGCUUACAGAGUGGCUCUAGGGAUUGCAAUGUUGGUCUGUCGCUCCAUCACUUUGCUCUAGACCAAAAUCUCUGUCGAGACAUUUGUUAUUCUUCGAUGAUGAAUCCUGAUGAUAUUGGUGACUUUUGUCGAGCCCCAUUAUAGAGUUCUACAUUUGUGGUUUUGAGUAAAAUGUCUUGAGUAAAAAACUAUUGGAUGCAUUGUCAUGAAAAUAGAGGCAUUCAUGUUCUGGUCAAACUUUCAAUUUGUCCAAUACUUUAUAACCAAAUGUGCAAUACACACAUAAUUCCUAUUAGCCUUAGCUCAUGUAAUAAUUAGCAAAUGUUAUCAUGCUAGAACGCUAAACUAACUUGGGGAUAAAUAAACUUCAACAUAACCAACACUGCCAUAUUCAGUGUGUAACGUUAGCUUGCCAGCUCAGAGGUUGUUUGUGAGGUUGUUGUAAAAGGGCAACUCUGUUUGCUAGAUGUCCGGCUUGCCAGGCUUAACCUGCAAUGUACUUACUUAGAUCCAGACUAGCAUUGUCAUGUUAACAUUUAGCUGAAGCACACCUGUCCUCAAGCACUGCCUCACGGUCUUGUUUUAACCCCAGACAUGGUGAAUUUAGACAUAGAGGUUUUUAUUUCUCAAACAAGAAACAAUGCGUUCAAAAAGUU